CGAUCUUUCUCAACCGAUAUCUUCUAUUAAGGUAGUUUAGGAAUUCAUCAUGGCUCCUCGACCACCGAUUUUCGUUGCGACGCACCCUAGAGCGUGCUCGACGGCGUUUGAAAGGGUGUUCAUGGCUCGUCGGGACAUUCUGGAGUGUGUGCAUGAGCCGUUUGGCGAUGCCUUUUACUUUGGCCCAGAGUUUUUGAGCGACCGCUUCAGGGACAAUCAUGAUUACCGCAAGAGCACACAAUACUGCAACACCACUUACAAAGAUGUCCUAGACAGUCUCGAAAAGGCACAGAAAGAGGGCAAACGCCUCUUCAUCAAAGACAUGGCCUACUACCUCAUGCCCCCGGACAACAAACCAGCCCAGAUCGCGCCCUCCCUAGGCGGCGGCCAAGAGCCCGGCAAUCCCACCGUCCUGCCCGUCGACGUCCUCAGGCGCUUCCACUUCACGUUCCUCAUCCGCCACCCCAAGCGCGCCAUCCCCUCCUACUACCGCUGCACAAUCCCGCCGCUGAGCGAGGUCACGGGCUUCGACCACUUCAUGCCCAACGAGGCGGGCUAUGCGGAGCUCGUGCGGUUGCUGGAUUUCCUGGUGGAGCAGGGGAUUGUGGACAAGGAGAACAUCACGGCGAUUGACGCGGAUGAUUUGCUGGAUAAGCCGGAGCCGGUGAUUCGCGAGUAUUGCAAGAGGAUUGGGAUUGAUUUUCGGCCCGAGAUGCUGGAGUGGACGGAGGAGGACCGGGAGUAUGCGCAGGAGAUGUUUGCUAAGUGGAAUGGCUUUCAUGAUGAUGCGCUCAAGACGACUUGCUUUCGGGCGAGGUCUCAUGCUCAGAAAACUUCGACGGUAGAGUCGGAAAAUAGGGAGUGGGCGGAAAAGUACGGGCCUGAGGCGCAAAAGGUCAUCCGGAAGACGGUGGAUGAGAAUAUUCCUCACUACGAAUACUUGAAGCAAUUCUGCAUCACGGUAUAAAUGGGAUACGGCUGGGUCAAGGAUCAGGUAAAGGG